AGUUCAGUGUUGCUUCUUCGCAGUUCGCUGAUUAUUUUUUAAUUCAAAACCGAUCUUUCGUACCAAUACUCGGUUUUAUUUAUUUAUUUACCGAUAACUCACGGUAUUUGUAGUAUUUAUUUUUGUGAAUUUUGAGCUUUCAGGAUACACUAUGAGAUUCUUCGUUUUACUGGUGAUCGCUGGUACUGCACUCGCCCAAAAUCAAUAUCAGGGCCGCCAGCAACAACAAUACCAAGAUGAUCAACAGAGACCGCAAAAUAAUGACAGGGAAUUCAGCACAACAACGUUUAUUCCAAUCUUGCAGUGGAAUAAAGAGCAGGAACAUGAUGGAACAUACCGAGCAAGCUAUGAGACUGGUAACAAUAUAAUCUCUGAAGAGAGUGGAUACAUCAAGACUUCAGGCGAGGGUGAAGACAAGAUCGAAUCACUGGUACAAAUGGGAAGCUACUCUUACACAAGCCCUGAAGGUCAAUUAAUUACUGUGCAUUACACUGCUGAUGAAACUGGAUUCCACCCUGUUGGUGACCAUAUUCCAACACCACCACCAGUCAGCGAAGAAAUCCAAAAAGGAUUGGAUCUUAUUUACGCUGGGAUCAAAAAGCAACAGGAAGAGUCAGCACAUGAACAACAGUUGAAACAACAACAACCUUACAACCAACAGAUCGACAGACAUGAAGACAACAAAAAAUACCGUUUGUAAAGAAUUAAUUAAAGAGUAAAUUUAAAA